AUGGCUUUGAGUGUGCGGCUGAAUUCAUUGUUGUUAACAUGCAAGGAUUGUGCUCGAUUUGUUGAUAAUGGACGAUGGCUACAAGGGCUUUUAGACGGAUUUUCAGUUGAGAGUAUGCUUGGUAUUCCUUCUGUGCGUGCAUUUCCCUGUGUCAUGUUGUAUGGGUCUUUGGUGGCUGGGACUGCGUUUCAAGAUGGAGAUGCUGAUUAUACAAUACUUUUUUCAUCACGUGCGCCUCAUGAGGAGCUUUCAUCGCUCGAAAAACUAAAAUUGUCGCCUUGCAAUUUUCUUGAGGUUUCGCGUGAGCAUCAUCAGGAUGUUUUAUCGUCUAUUCUCACGCAUAUUAAAAAUAAGGAUGCUUGUACCGUUUUGGAGCAUGAACGUAUUUUUACAGCACGUGUUCCCAUUGUUCGUCUAAAACGCAAGGGAAUUGAGGAGGAUAGUGAUUGGUUUGAUCUCUCUUUGUCUUUGGAUGGACUUCGAAAUUCCUUGUUGCUUAGGUUGUACAUGGAGUCUGAUCCACGUCUUCGUGCUGGGGCGCUUUGUGCGAAACGUUGGGGUCGUUUGCAGAAAAUUUUGGGCGCCCGACGAGGAUGGAUUUCUCCCUACGCGUUGACUGUUAUGUACAUAUUUUAUAUGCAGUCAACGGGACGAAGCUGUUGUGUGAUCAACGAAGGUCAAGUCGAUAAACUACUGGAGGUUGUAGCAGCACAGUCUUCUGAUGACUACAGUCUUAAUUGUUCACGGUUUUAUGAGACCAUUCCUUGUGUGGAUGUGAAUGUAUCUGAAGUUUUGUCGGAUUUACAUGGAUUUUUUAGGUUUUUUGGUGAUUUUAGAGAGUUUGACUUUGAUGUGGAUGUUGUUGACAUUCGCACGAGAAACAAAUACCAUUCGAAGGAGCGAUGGCUUGAAGCGAUGAGGGGGUUUAGCGAAAAAGAACGAUGGGAUCUUUUGGGAUAUGAAUUGCUUAUGUUGCGUGAUCCCUACGAGCCACACAAUUUAGGGCGAAGUGUAGAUUUUUUCCAUGCCGAGAUUGUUCGUGAGACCUUUCGAUUAGCCUCGGAAAGGAGUACGGAGGACCUUCGUGACCUCUUACAAAUGGAAUGA